CUGCUGAGCAGAGCACCUCUCCCCGGACGCAGUAGUGAUGGGAGGAUGCUGGAGCCUUGGUCCCCUUUAGUGAUGGCCGCCAUUGUUUAGGAUCCCCCCGAAGCGGUAUAUCGGGGGUCACGCUGAGUGCUGUGCGGCCCGAGGGCUACCGCUGCCGCCCUCAUGGGUCCUAAGCUUCAGCAUGUUGGUGUGGAGGAGACCACUGUGCAUGUGGCUGUCAGAAUUCGUCCGUUGCUACCAAAGGAAGUUCUGCAUGGACAGCAGUCCUGUGUCCGCGUUGAGCCUGGCCAGCAGAAACUGACACUGGGAACAAACAGGAGCUUUCAGUUCCAGGAUGUGCUGGAUGCAGCUUGCAGUCAGGAGACUGUAUACAGCUGCUGUGUACAGCCCUUACUAGAAGCUUUCUUUCAAGGGUUUAAUGCCACUGUGGUUGCUUAUGGGCAGACUGGAUCAGGAAAAACUUACACCGUUGGAGAAGCAAGUAUAUCUUCCAUCUCAGACGAUGACCAGGGUAUCAUUCCACGUGCAAUGGCUGAAAUCUUCAAACUGGUUGAUGAGAAUGAUCUGAUUGACUACACUAUCCGUGUAUCAUACCUGGAGGUGUAUAAGGAGGAGUUCAGGGAUCUUCUGGAAGUGCAGACCUCUAGUAAAGACAUUCUUAUCAGGGAGGAUGACAAAGGGAAUAUUGUGCUUUGUGGUGUAAAGGAGACUGAAGUGGAAGGACUUGAUGAGGUGCUUAGUUUACUAGAAAUGGGCAAUACUGCUAAGCAUACAGGUGCCACGCAAGUAAAUUCCCAUUCUAGCCGCUCACAUACAAUCUUCACGGUCACCAUGGAACAGAGGAGAGGGGUUGGCAGAGUCACCAGACUAACCAAUGGGGAAGAAUGUCCAGGCCUUGCUAUUGGGCAGCUUCUGUCUUCUAAGUUCCACUUUGUAGACCUAGCUGGUUCAGAGCGAAUACUGAAAACGGGCAACACUGGGGAGAGGCUGAAGGAAAGCAUUCAGAUCAACACUGGACUACUAGCCUUGGGUAAUGUCAUUAGUGCCUUAGGCGACCCAAAGCGGAAAAGCAGCCAUAUACCAUACAGAGAUUCUAAGAUCACCAGGAUCUUGAAGGAUUCCCUUGGAGGAAAUGCCAAGACUGUUAUGAUUUCGUGCAUAAGUCCGUCUGCAUCAGACUUUGAUGAAACAUUAAACACUCUGAACUAUGCCAGCCGCGCUCAGAAUAUUAAGAAUAAAGCAACUGUCAACUGCAAGAAAGAUGCAGACCGUGUGGAAGACCUGCAACAUCAGAUCAAGUCCUUGCAACGUGCUCUAGAACAGAGACACAGAUCAGAAACCCGGAUACUAAAUAGAUUUGACCUUGCCAAACCUGUACCACGACGAUCUACCGAAGAUCAUGUGUCUCGGCUAAUGGCUGACUGUGCACAUUACAGGACUUGUACAGACACAGGCUAUCUGCUUCUUAUGGACCUUCUGGCAGAAGGAGGAUUGUCACCUACUCAGUCCCAGAAGGUGAAGGACUGGAUGUGUACAGUAGAAGAGGAGAGGAGUGAAAUCACAUCAGCUUCCGGCCUAGACAGUGGGAUUGAGAGCUCUUCGGUUGAGGAACCCAGUAGGAGACCGACAAAGGGCAAGGGCACGUUGAGCUUUGAAAGCGCAGGUGAUGCAGAGAAAGACAAGUGCAUUGAAAAUCUGCAGAGUAAAAUCCAGCGGCUGGAAGAUGAGAACAGAGACUUUCUAUCCGCUCUGGAAGAUGCCAUGGAGCAGUACAAGCUGCAGAGCGACAAACUGCAAGAACAGCAAGAUAACAUCACAAAGUUGCAAUUCCACCUGCAGCAGCUGAGGCCUGACUUGUCUGUCACAGCCCUGCUGGAAGAUGUACACUUAUUACAGAUUGGAGACAGACCGAGUACAGUUCCUCUGGUUACAAAGUUUUCUCGAACUCUGGAUCAGAAUAAACUUUUAUCCUGUAAUUAUUCAAAUACCAAAAAUAUGAAGAUUGGAACACAGCAGCUGGUGUCCAGCCUGGAGGAGACUGACAACGUACUGUACAGGAACUUCAGUGAGGAUUCUGACCCCUCAAUCCACUCUGAAGGAGAAACAGAUAAAGAGAAUGAGGAGUCUGAGAGAGAAUCCAACAAGUCUCAACCUUCACACCGGGUUAAAAAUGUGUCCAAGUUUGAGACAAGGACUGUGGAUACAAAUCAAGCCCAAAAGUGUCCGACAUCUACCCAGAGCAGUGAUGAUGAGGAGGAAAUCAUUGUGUCUCUGUGCAAAAAGAGAGAACACUGUGUUCCAAGAGAGAGCGUAAGCCCUGGAAAGGACUCUAAAUUCAGGCUGCGUCAAGCCCAGCAGAAGAUCCGGGAGCUGGCUAUCAACAUCCGCAUGAAAGAAGAGCUUAUUAAAGAACUAGUUAAAACUGGCAAAGAAGCGCAAGCUAUGAAUAAACAGUACUGUCUGAAGAUAUCGGAGCUGGAGACUGAAGCUGACCAGGUGCGGAUAGAGGUCAGUGAGAGCCAGCGACAGCUGCAGGAGCUGGAAGGGAAAGAGACGAGAGAUCCAGUGGAGAAAGGCAAGGUGCAGGAGUGCCGCAAGAAGAUAGCCGCCGCCGAGAGCAAAGUGCAGGUUCUAAAAGAAAAGAAACAAGCCACAGAAAAGUUGGCCUCACUCCCCAUCCAGAGUGAGAGGCGUGUUCAGGAACUUGAGAAGAACAUCUUGCAGAUGAAACAGCAGCAAGCUCAGCUACAGAGGAAGCUAAAAGAUGAGACGGAUCAGAAACGGCGACUGGAGAGUGAGAUGCAGAAAAGGAGACACAGAGUGAAGGAGCUGGAGUUGAAGCAUGAACAGCAACAAAAGAUAUUGCGGAUCAAAACGGAAGAAAUUGCAGCUUUUCAAAGGAAGAGGAGGAGCGGGAGCAAUGGAUCACUUAUCAGUCUGGAGCAGCAACAGAAAAUUGAAGAGCAGAAGAAAUGGUUGGACAGCGAGAUUGAUAAGGUUCUGGAGCAGCGCCGUGCUUUGGAUGAGUUAGAAGAGGAGCUCAAGAAAAGAGAAGGUAUAUUGGUUAAAAAGGAAGCACUUCUACAGGAGAAAAAUGAUUUGGAGGUUAAAAGGCUUCGAUCUAGCCAGGCUCUUAGUAAUGAUAUUGUCAGGGUUUCGAGUCGUAUUGAAGACUUGGAAAAAGAGUUGUCGGAGAAGAAUGGUCAGCUUCGCCAGGGAAGCGCCUGUGACCAGCAGCGUAUACGGGAUGAAAUUAAUAAUCUGAGACAAGAGAAAGACCUGUUGUUAAAGCAGAGGGUGGACAUAGACGACAAGCUGCGGCAAGGAAACCUUCUUUCUGCGGAGGAAGAGCGGAUUCUGUUUCAGCUGGAUGAGGCUAUUGAGGCUCUGGAUGCUGCAAUUGAGUACAAGAACGAGUCGAUCACUCGCAGGCAACGGGUACUGCGUGCCUCAGCCAGCCUGCUCUCCCAGUGUGAAAUGAACCUCAUGGCAAAGCUGAGUUAUCUGUCCUCCUCUGAAACCCGGGCGCUCCUAUGUAAAUAUUUUGACAAGGUAGUUACACUGCGUGAGGAGGAACACAAACUACAGAUCUCCUUCUCAGAGCUGGAAAUGAAGCUGGAGGAGCAGCAGCGACUGAUAUGCUGGCUUGAGGUUGCACUAGAACGGCAGCGCCUGGAGCUGGAUCGCCAGCUCACCUUGCAGCAGAAGGAGCAUGAACGCAACAUACAACUCCUACUGAAACAGUGUCAAGACCAAAUGGGCGAGGGGCUGGCUGGAAGCAAGAGACAGUAUGAAGGUAGAAUCCAGAUGCUUGAGAAGGAGCUUGGCUGGUAUAUCUGGGCACAUCAAGAGCUGAGCCAAAGACUAAAUAAACUGGCUGUCCCUUCUCCAAACCUUCCCGGAUCACAUGUAAAAGGCGAUGGAAGAGGUCCUACUGCUGAUAGACGCGUCUCCUUUGCUGGGUCUGUGGGAGAGAAUAAUUUUGCGGUUGACAUAAAUAAUCCACCUUCUGCUCCUGAUCGAAACCUGAGGCCCAGGGAGGACCUGAUACAUGUUCCAUUACCACCCACGUGGAGGCGCUCCUCUCUGCCUUCAGAAGAACAGCCAUGCCUAGAGGAACUCAGGCACAGAGACACUGAAACGCUGAGCAACAGAGUGGUACAGCCAAGCGAUGGAAUUUGUCAAAGACCUGUUAUGUAUCUUCCUAAAUCCCGGAGAGAUGUUCGAAGAUGUAACAUAACCAUGCCCUUGAUGUCUAAUGUGGAGAUGAUUGAUGUUAGAAAAAACCCACUGUAGAACUCUCUUAAGGCACUCUUAUAAAUGAGUGCAGACUACAGUAUCCCACUACAGCGAACACGUAGAACUCUACAGACUAUGUAUUACUUGUUUACCGCAAUUUACAUGUUAUUGAAAUGUCCUAAGCUGCAUAGACCUACAGUGUGAUUACUUGAUCAAUACUACUGCUUUGCAGCUUUACUUGAUCAAUACUACUGCUUUGCAGCUACUUGGCUACACUGAUUGGGACUUAGUGGUAGGUGCUUGCUCUCAGGACACUCCCCACGACGAGUACAGUAUUGGCAAUGACUGUCUUACUUAGCAAAAUGCUUGUAAGUUAAAAUAGGUAACAGCAGAAUCAUGAUUUUUACAUUGUAACCAGUAACUACAGUUGUCAAAUAUUUGAAUGAGGUCUGUUGUUUAUAUGUUAAAAUUGCUAUGAUUAAGUCUACACAUAACAAUACAAUAGAUGCUACAUUGCCUUGUUCAACUGUUAUCCGUGAGAGACAAAUGCAGGCCAUGAUUUAAGGAUGCUGCCACAACUGUUGUUUUCUCAUACGUCCUAGAGGAUGCUGGGGGAUGCUUCAAGAACCAUGGGGUAUAGACGGGAUCCGCAAGAGACAUAGGCACACUUUAAGACUUUGAUUGGGUGUGAACUGGCUCCUCCCUCUAUGCCCCUCCUCCAGACUCCAGUUUUUGGACACCAUUAGCUCCAGAGGGUUCGAUCACUUGGUACACCUAGCUGCUUGUUCCCGGAGCCGCGCCGUCACCCCCCUCACAGAGCCGGAAGAAAGAAGCCGGGUGAGUAUAAAGAAGAAAAGAAGACUUCAGUGACGGCAGAAGACUUCAAUGUUGAGGUACCGUACAGCGGUCGCGCUGCGCGCCAUGCUCCCACACACACAGUUGCACUGGCAGGGUGUAGGGCGCAGGGGGGGCGCCCUGGGCAGCAUGGACACUGAAGCUUCUAAAACUGGUAUUGUAAGUGCCUAGGCACUAAAAUAUAGACCCCCACCAGUAUAAAGAUGUGAAUUUGAGCGGGACUGAAGCGCGCCGGUGAGGGUGUGUGGCUUAGCCCUCACAGCACUUCCAGUGCCAUUUUCUCCUCACAGAGACGCUGGUCCUUCCUAAACACUGCUGCAUGGAUCAGAGUGGAAAACGAGGGGGGGCACAGUGGUUUGGUGUGAUAUAAAGUGAAAUAAAAACACUAUAUUAUGGGCGCUGGGAAAAUUGAGCUGAUAAACUCCUUCCGUGUUUCCAUGACUGAAUGUACUGGGGUCUAUCCCUUAUAGCCAGUGAAAUGUCGGUGGGUGUUUGGUACACGUGUGUCGGCAUAUUUGAGGCUGAGGGCUCUGCCACAAAGGGAAUUACUGUCUCGGUGCUGUCGACCCCUAAUGGUACUUAGUACAUGUAAAUAUGUCAUUGUCAACAUGUCAGUAGAGGUAUAUUUUUUCCCAAGAGAAAACUAUAUGGGAGACACAGACGUGGGGGGUGUCCCUGUCGGCACCAACAAUAUCUGACUGGUUGGAUAUGGACAUGAUAAUAUGAUGCAUAUCAGAUAGAUCUAUACCUAUAUGUAAUAUGUAUGUAUAGUAUGAUUAUAUAGGUCUGUGGCACGAUCACAGACAUGAUAAUUUUAUGGAGGGAGUCAUAUUCAUAGAAUAGAUUUCUCUCAGACCCUUCAGGGUCGCAAAAAUGUUAUUUUGCCCAGUUACUACUCCCUGAGAUCGACUCGAAAAUCUUCCUUAGAUCGAUCAUAAUGUUUCCUGAUCAGAUCCUUAAAAAUUGGCAUUCAGUACCUGUUUAUACACAUUAGAAUGUAUUAACGUCACUAGGGACCUUGCUGUUCCUGACAAAAAAUAUGUAUAUGUUGAUAUAUAUAUACAGGUUGAGUAUCCCUUAUCCAAAAUGCUUGGGACCAGUGGAAUUUUGGAUAUCGGAUUUUUCCGUAUUUUGGAAUAAUUGCAUACCAUAAUGAGAUAUUAUGGUGAUGGGACCUACAUCUAAGCACAGAAUGCAUUUAUGUUACAUAUAUACCUUAUACACACAGCCUGAAGGUCAUUUUAGCCAAUAUUUUUUAUAACUUUGUGCAUUAAACAAAGUGUGUGUACAUUCACACAAUUCAUUUAUGUUUCAUAUACACCUUAUGCACGCAGCCUGAAGGUCAUUUAAUACAAUAUUUUUAAUAACUUUGAGUAUUAAACAAAGUUUGUGUACAUUGAACCAUCAAAAAACAAAGGUUUCACUAUCUCAGUCUCACUCAAAAAAGUCCGUAUUUCGGUAUAUUCCGUAUUUCGGAAUAUUUGGAUAUGGGAUACUCAACCUGUAUUUAGAUAUAUGUAUGUAUGUAUGUGUAUGUGUAUAUAUAUAUAUAUAUGUGUGUGUAUAGGUGCAUUGGAAGGUAUAUAUGUACAUAAAGAUAUGUAUAAUGAAUGCUGAGGUAAAGUUUGUCCUUCUCAAUGGAUAGAGGGUGAGAGUCACCCCCUGGUCUGCACGGGGACCUGUCACAAGGAUCAUAUGCAGGAAGAUAUGUGAUACUCUAAUUAUGUGUCCGCAUGUACGUUGUUUUAUACUUGCAUUACAUGCGCAUGGGGGAGUAGUUGUAUGCAACUUAAGUUGAGUUAUGUCUGUCAUUGCAGCAUACCGCCGUGCGACUACAAGGGAUAUAGGACUCUUGUUUUCGCGGGCCACUUCCAUAGCGGUCUCGACUAGGAGGGCGUUAUGGAUUCACCAAUGGAAUGCUGAGACUGACUCCGAUAAGAACUGGAGUAUCUUCCCUAUGAAGGUGAAACCUGGUUUGGGGAUGGCUUUGUUAAGUUGAUCUCGGCAGAUACCACUGGUAAGUCUACCUUCUUGACCUAUGUUCCCUCACAACGGUUGGUGACGCAUUUUGGUACUAUGCAGUCAUUUAGACCGAAUGGAUACGGUUUCCCUUUCUUUGCAGGUAGAGGAAGGUGAAAAGGUAAGAGGUCGGCAGCCUUUUCAAGUUCGCUGAAACAGAAAUCAUCCUCUGUUUCUACCACAUCCACCGCAUGUCGCUGGCUCUAUCUUGCGGGAGCCCACACCGGUGGGACCACGUCCAAUACUCUUCAGUCGGUCCCGGUACGGACUUGGACCAGUGAGUUUGAGAAUAGAGGGGCAGAUGUAUUAACCUGCAGAAGGCAUAA